GGACCAAAACUAUUUAAAUGUCAAACAAAGUAGUGUCACUUUGCAUUGUAAAUAUUUAGAUUCUAAAAAUUGUUUUAAAAUGGAUAAACGAUCUUGCAAAUUAAUAUUAGCAGCUACAGGUAGCGUUGCUGCCCUAAAGAUACCACUUCUUAUUAAAACUCUUUUAGAAUUGCCUGAGGAUGAGAUGACUUAUGUUUUUGAGAUCCACCUUGUAGUGACAGAGCAUGCGAAACAUUUCUUCAAGAUGUCGGAUUUGCCCGGCAGUGUGAAGGUGUACGAUGACAAUCUGGAGUGGAAGGCUUGGAAGUCGCGAGGUGACCCUGUGCUGCACAUAGAGCUGGGCAAGAUGGCAGAUCUCAUGCUGAUAGCGCCUUUGGAUGCUAACACACUCGCCAAGAUGUCACAGGGCAUAAGUGACAACCUCCUGACCUGCACAACAAGAGCUUGGGACAUGUCAAAACCACUAGUGUUCUGUCCGGCAAUGAACACUAGAAUGUGGGAGCACCCUGUCACAGCACAACAGAUUGCAUUGUUGAAGCAGUGGGGCCACAUAGAGAUACCACCCAUCAGUAAGAAGUUGAUGUGUGGAGACACCGGAAUAGGGGCUAUGGCUGAAGUCGACACCAUAGUCGCCACUAUCAGAAGUGUUGCCGACAAGAAAUUUAAUGUUCACUUUGAUUAGGUGAAAUUCCCACCAAUUUUUUUUUUGUAUACAAGUUAAAUUAAUUUUUUACAUUUCGUUUUUAAGAUUUCAAGACACUUUCGAGAUCUCUAAGUUCUUAGGACUUGUUUUUUUAUGAUUUUUGACAUUCAAAGUGAUUGUCUUGUUUAGAAUACUUAGCACGUCAUUCUUAGAUGUAGUAAAGAGAGAAAAGUAAGAUCUUAAACCUUUGUACAAAAUUAUUAAAGCAAAUAUUAGUAGUAUAGUUGAAUAUAGAAAUUGGAGUCACAAAUAAUAGCUUCUUCUUUAUAAUUAUAAGAAAGUUGAGUGGCACAUACAAAAAUCUGCUCACUGCAAUUCACAUGGAUGGCUAGGUAAUUUAAUGUUGCUCAUGUCAAAUGGACACAAAUAUAUUAAUUAAAAAUUGAUAAGGACCAAAGAAUAAUGAUCAAAUUGUUAUAGUUAUAUUUUAUACUACUUUAUUGGGUGCUGUUAUAUAGUUAUAUGUUGGGUUUUAUGAUAAUAAUCUUAAAAUAUUGUGUUUGUGAAAUGUGAAUGGUUUAUUGUAAAUUGGUUUAAAGGACGAAUGAAUAGCUUCAACCAUGAUCUCUCGUUGCACAUGUUAUACUAGCUGUUGCCCGCGACUUCGUCCGCGUGGUUAGAUGAUAUAAGUUGUGAUUUAUACCUGCCCUGUUUU